AUGGCCUCGCCGCCCUCCUCGCCCCUGGAGCUGGACCUGGACCCCGAGUUCGAGCCCCAGAGCCGGCCUCGCUCCUGCACUUGGCCCCUGCAGAGGCCCGAGCUCCAGGGCAGCCCUGCCAAGCCUUCCUCGGCGGGGGAUGCUGCUUCGGCCACCGCAGGCUCCAUCAUCCCCGAGGAGGAGGACCACGACAACGCCGAAGAGGAGGAGGAGGACGAGGAGGAGGAGGAGGAGGUCGGCCAGCAGCAGCAGCAGCGAGGAAGCUCCUCCAAAGAGCUCCCUGCGGCCCCCGAGGAGCCCGGCCGCCUCCUGCUGGCGCCCUUCUCUGGCCUGGGGGUCUCCCCGGGCAGUGGCCCCCCGCCGCCGCCGCCCUCGCAGCCUUCCCCGGCCCCCUCCGCGGGGCCUCCCUCCUCCUCCUCCUCCUCGGCGCCCAGGAAGUGCUCCUCCCGCCGCAACGCCUGGGGGAACCUGUCCUACGCCGACCUGAUCACCCGCGCCAUCGAGAGCGCCCCAGAGAAGCGGCUGACCCUGGCCCAGAUCUACGAGUGGAUGGUCCGCUCCGUCCCCUACUUCAAGGACAAGGGCGACAGCAACAGCUCCGCCGGAUGGAAGAACUCGAUCAGGCACAACUUAUCCCUUCACAGUCGAUUCAUCAGGGUACAGAAUGAAGGAACUGGAAAAAGCUCAUGGUGGAUGAUCAACCCAGAUGGUGGGAAAGGUGGGAAAGCACCACGGCGACGUGCUGUUUCAAUGGACAACAGCAACAAGUAUACAAAGAGCCGAGGACGAGCAGCUAAAAAGAAAGCAUCCCUACAAGCUGCACAGGAAACCACUGAAGACAGCCCCACCCAGCUCUCCAAGUGGCCAGGUAGCCCAACAUCACGCAGCAGUGAUGAGCUGGAAGCAUGGACAGAUUUCCGGUCCCGUACAAACUCAAAUGCCAGUACCAUAAGUGGCCGCUUGUCACCAAUCUUAGCAAGUACCGAGCUAGACGAGGUCCAGGAUGAUGAUGCUCCACUUUCGCCCAUGCUGUACAGCAGCCCGCCUAGCAUGUCUCCAUCGGUGAACAAACCCUGUAAUGUAGAGUUGCCUAGGUUGACUGACAUGGCAGGCACUAUGAACUUGAAUGAUGGUCUGACAGAUAACCUUAUGGAUGAUCUUCUGGACAAUAUAAGUCUCCCCUCUUCCCAGCAGUCUCCCACAGGGGGACUCAUGCAAAGAAGCUCAAGUUUUCCAUACAGCUCCAAAGGUUCAGGUCUUGGUUCUCCAUCAAAUAAUUUCAACAAUGGUGUGUUUGGACCAUCCUCUUUGAAUUCCCUCCGUCAGUCUCCCAUGCAAACCAUCCAAGAGAACAAGCAAGCAACAUUUUCUUCCAUUUCUCACUACAAUAACCAAACGCUGCAGGAUCUGCUGGCAUCAGAUUCACACAGCCACAGUGACGUCAUGAUGACUCAGUCCGAUCCACUCAUGUCGCAGGCUAGCACAGCUGUGUCUGCCCAAAAUGUACGCAGGAGUAUUAUGCUACGGAAUGAUCCAAUGAUGUCAUUUGCUGCUCAACCAAGCCAGGGCAGUUUGGUCAACCAGAAUCUGCUCCACCACCAGCAUCAAUCCCAGAGUUCCUCUCUCAGUGGCAGUCGUGCCUUGUCGAAUUCUGUUGGUACUAUGGGCUUAAGUGACUCAAACAGCAUUGGGUCGGCAAAACACCAGCAACAGUCGCCUGCCAACCAGUCUAUGCAAUCCCUUUCUGACUCACUCUCAGGCUCUUCUUUGUAUUCCAACAGCGUGAGCCUUCCAGUCAUGGGACAUGAUAAAUUUCCCAGUGAUUUGGACCUGGAUAUUUUCAAUGGGAGCUUGGAAUGCGAUAUGGAGUCCAUUAUCCGCAGUGAACUCAUGGAUGCAGAUGGGUUGGAUUUUAACUUUGAUUCUCUCAUCUCAGCCCAGAAUGUUGUCACUCUGAAUGUGGGAAACUUCACUGGUGCUAAGCAAGCUUCAUCACAGAGUUGGGUUCCAGGCUGAAGGAUUUAUGCAAAGAGGGAAAUGGGCAAAGCAGGUUAGCACUGUUCAGUCUGUUUGCAUUAGUUAGAUUGUACUUUACCAUAUGUAUAUAUAUAUGGCUUUUAAAAAUGGAAGACACAGUCAUUUACAGCAAACACUCUACACUAAUUAUGGAGGUGGGUGGAAAUAUACGGUACAACACUGAAAUAUCUUUUAACAUGGUAAGGACUUCCCCCAAGCAAUAACUAAGGUUUGAUUGAACCAUGCUACAGAGCAGUUUCUUCAGAUACACUGAAGAGAUGUACAGUGGUUUUAUUAAUGCAUCCUAUACAUGUUCAUCUUCCUAAUGCAUAGUGAUGGAGGAAUAUAGCCUGUUUAAAACGAAUUCUGUCAUUACGAUAUCCAGGUAUAUUUGGUUACACACCCAAAUUAUAGUCACCAGAUCUCUUAACCCAUGGUUCCUCUCAUAUUGAGCAUUAUUACUGUUGCAAUAACACAUCCUCAGAUGAUGAAACCAAUAUGUAUCAUGAUGUGGCAAGACAUGUUGAACCUUUUCACAAGACUACUUUCCAUCUGGUUCUUCUCACUUGGCGAUUGUCCCCACACCCACACUGCCUAGAACUGAGUGAAUUGACAACAAAGGUAUUUGCUCCUAUCAUUUCUUUCUCACACUAGUCACUGUGAAGAAAAUGCACUGUAUUGUUAACAAGGCAGACAAUAAAGAAAGCUACACAUUCUUUAUUAAUGACAGAAUUUACAUUAUCCAUUAUUGUUAAGACCUAGAAUAUUACUAGUUGCCACAGUUUGUUUUUGUGAAGAUACAAUAGGAGAUCUGUAGGUGUAGUCCAACACAUCUCAUAAACACCAGGCUAGGGAUAGGCUAACAUUGAUAUUACAAAUAAUAGUGUUUUUUGAAGACAAAUAAGUUCAAAAACAUACAUUCCAUGAUGGAAGAGCUGGUGAAAAAAAUAGGGAUAAAUCCAUUACUAAUAGCACAUAAAUGCUAGCUUCGUUCACUAGCUAUCCAUUAUUUGUAGUAGUAACCGACCUUCUCCACUUCAUAGUUUUUUGUGGGGUUUUCGGGCUUCUCCAUUUCCCUUGGAAAACUUUUUCUGUCUAGGGAUGAAAUCAGUUUCAGAGGGAUCCUUGGGGCCUUCUUGCCAUUGGUGCAUGGGGUGAAAUGCAAAUAGGUGGUUCCUAAAAUACCAGUAUACUUUAACUUGAAGCCCUUGUCACCAGUAACUAAAUUUUAGAAGUGGCUUGCAGCAUUUUAGAUAGGUGGUUGAGGAACACCUACAAAAGCUUGGAAAUCACCAAACAGUAGUAUCAUGGGGAAGGAAAGCAUCUGGGGAAUCCCUGUGGACAGAAUUCAUCUGCAGGGCCUGAAUACCUUCCCCACAACGCAGCAUACACAGGUUAUUACAGCUUGAGAGAGCUUGAGUUUUUUGUCCACUGCACUGGUGUGUAAAAGAAAGUAAGAUCAUCAGGAGUCUGUCCCAUACCACUCUGAAUAGAAUCAUGUUGUUUCUUAUGAACUGCAUAUACAGCAGAAAUGCAGAUCUUUGAGGAGAAGAUCUGUGUGCUGCUGGGCAUCUUGCUUACCAGAGAGCCAGGGACAAGUCCCUUUGCAAGCCAGGGAGUGGAUUUGUGGAUGCCUAAUAUGAUACAUUACAACAUAAUGUAAUAUAGUAAUAGGCCAUCUAUAAUUUGAGCUAUUCUCUUAUGCUUUUUAAGGGCCAUUAUGCUGCUCGUGUGAUUCAAGUAAAGAUAAUUGGAAACUUGCUGUUCCUACUGAUGCCAAAAUUAUGGGAUGGCGCACAAUCACAAGAUGAGAGCAUCUCUUGGUAUUUUUAGAACAAGCAGAACAGCAUCAGGUGGACUUCCUAGUCCAUUAUUUCUUAUCUCAAUAGUAUUACGUUCAUUUUGUGGAAUGUUACUUUUUCAAACCUACACACACACACACACACAUUCUGUGAAUGUUUCUGUACCAUUUGUCACAGUAUGCUGCUUUUUUUUUAAAGCGAGGAUCAAGCGAGAGGUUCCUAUACCUGUAAUUGCUCUGAAGCACUGAAAGAGGAUGCAAACACUGGGCUGCUAUAUCCUCCCUACAGGACUUGAUUUACUGGUGGAGAAAUAGGAGAGUUGCCUCAACCUCUGUUGUGGGCCUUGUUGCAUUUAAAGAAAAAAACACCUUCUCUGGCUGAGGACAUAACACUCAUACCCCCAGACUGCUUUCUUUUCUUUUGUCUUUUCUUCUUUUCUAACUGCUUCAUGUAAAUUCUCAAUUCAGAUAAAUUGACAGUCAUGCAGUCUGUUCUCUGUAUCACAAGUCACUGCAUUGCAAGUCAAGUCAGAGUUUCUCUUCAGUUUGUUUGAAUAAUGCAACAGUUCCCACAAAUACAUUGAGGUAUUCAUACCCACUGUUCUACUAGUUUUAUAGGUCACAGAUUAGGUCAUAGAUUGCACCAACACAAGAGCCUAAGUCCAAUGGCUAGUCCUAUGUAGAAUAGAUCUAUUUAACAAAUUAUUGAAUCGUAAAGCAAUAGUUGGAUGAGUCCCAUUGCUUCAGUGGGUUGGGACUACCAAGUGGAUUAUGGAGAAGGUAACUUGGUUCAUUCACCACAGGGUCUGUGAAUGAACUGAAAUUUUGGUCAUUUCUUCCAUACAAAUUUUCGGAGUGUUUGUGGGCUCUGAGAAGAUUAAAAAUGGCCUGGGAGACAUAUGUAGCCUGUAGCCCUCAUCUCCCCACCUUGACUAAGGACUUCAGCAUUUUUAUCUCUGUUCUGAUGGAGCUAGAGGGAAGACCAGUGGGAGGGAAAAUCUAACUCCCCAAAUAAUUUUAGUCUGCAACUCCUAUUAGCCCUAGAAAUUGUAGCAAUAGUGAAGGAUCAUGGGACUUGCAAUCCAACAAUAAUUAGAAGGCAACAUGUUCUUCACCCCGAUGCAUCUGAUUCAGGAUUACUGGAGGAGGGCUCCAUUUUUAUAGAAUUCUCCCUUCCUAGUUGUUUGUUUUUUAAUUAGCCAUGGUCAUUGUUCUAGUUUUCCUUUCCUUUUCUUCAUACCCUUAGGUGAUAAGGAAGAGUCAGCAUUGCUAGGUGAAUCAUCUUUUUAGAGAGGUACUUGGGAGAGGCCCAGUGAUUAUUCCCUCCAAGGACUGAGCCUCUCCCAAGUACCUCUCUACAAAGAUGAUUCAACUGAAAAUGCUUAUUUUUAUUUAGAGCUUGAGGGUAUGAAGAAGAAAAGGAAAGCAUGGCCAUGC